AUGGAUGUUCCGAAACCUGAGGUCUCUCACCUCGGACGCGGUCACGACGGUCUGUUCAGCGACUCAGUUCCUGGAGCGGAUCAAAGGGGUGAGACUUACCGAAGACGACGUCAUGGUGUCAUUCGACGUCACUUCUAUUUUCACUUCGAUUCCGCAAGACCUGGCAGUCGAAACGGUCAGCGAGCUGCUCGAGAGUCAGGUGCGUCUGUGUGCAUGUUUGUGUUUCUGGUCGCAGCUGCUGAUGGUCAGGGUUAUGAUUGGCUGAAUGAAGGCAGAAUAAGCCCGAAACAGUGCUGUAUCAAUCUACCCGCAUUCUCUGUCGUCCCUCCUCGCUGCUAUUAUGACUUGGCCGACUUCGGCCUGGUAAUUGGUUGCCUGUUCGUGACCUUUGCCACACAUACGGAGCUUGUUUGCUUUGUGAAGCCAAUAGAUCGGUGUGCGCCCAUUCCUGAUACAUAUAUAUAUAUAGGCAGAAUGAUAUUACCGACAAAGACAAGGGACAGAUGGGCGCUCACCGAUCAGGUUACAGAACAUGCUCGUUCUGCUGUGCCUUGGGGCUCAUACUUAAACCCUCGCAGGCAGUCGCACAGCGACUAGUGGUAUAUGUUGAUAAGGUGAUACCGACAAAGACAAGGGAGACCGGUCUCCCUUGUCUUUGUCGGUAUCACCUUAUCAAUAUAUAUAUAUAUAUAUAUAUAUAUAUGUAUAUGGUAGGGGGCCCUCACCGAUCGUUCUUACGGAACUCACUCAUUCCGUUGUGCCUUAUGGGCUCUCCCUGGAGCCCAACCAACAGCAGCACAGUGGCGCGUAACAUAAUCGGAAUAGCACUACCGACAAAUGCUAGUGAGACUGAAAUGGCCACUUCUGGUUUAUUGGCCGUCAUCAGUCAGUUAUACCCAACCCCGAGUUGUGGAACACCUGGGGCUCGAUUCUGCUACCUGUUGGUUAGAAGUCCAACGCCUCUGACCACUGAGCCACGGGCUCGUUGUCUUGUCGGUUGCGAUCGGGAAUAUAGAGUGGCAGAGGGACUCUCACCGAUGGUGUUAUGGAACUCACUCGUCCCAGAUAUUGAACACUUCGGAGUUGAGUAUGGCUGGUUGACUGCAGUUAAUAAGCCAUAAACGGCCGUUCCAAUCUCCCUUGCCUUUGUCGGUAAUAACAUUCUGCCUAUAUCAUGCGUCGAUGUGCGGCUGCUGGUUGGGCUCGAGAGAGAGACCGUAAGGUCCAACGGAACGAGUGAGUUCCGUAGAAACUAUCCGUGAGCGCCCCUCUACCAUAGUAUAUUCCCAAUCGCAUCCUACGGGACAAUGAGCCCAUGUCUCAGUGGUUAGAGGCGUUGGACUUCUAACUAACAGGUCGCGGGAUCGAGCCCCACUUGCAGUUGGGUCCCGUUCACGUUGAUUUGCGGCGCGUUGUGGACAGUGUUGGGUGGCGAUUGAUGCAUGAUCACCGUCUUCUCCGUGUUGAUGACCAGGCCGAAGUUCUCGCAGGCGGCGGAGAAGAGAUCUAUGCUUCUUUGCAUGUCCCCUUCAGUAGUUGCACUGAGGGCGCAGCCAUCGAAGAACAGAAGUUCGUGGACGGUCCUUGUGGAAACACGCGACUGGUGGUUGCCGUCCUGUAAGCGACGCGGAUUCCGGGGGGGCCACGGGGCUGCUAAGGAGAGUCCGCUCACUCUGGCUGCCUGAAAUGUCCAUUCCGUCCUAGGAAAUUCAAGUAACAAGCUGCCGGAACGGAGGACGGCUCUAGUUGCUCGAAAACUGAGGUGCUGCAAGGUGGAAAUCGCUGCACCCAGCGUGACUCAGUUCUUCUCCGUCUACACCUUCUCCUGGAGCGUUCGUCCCAUAGCAGAACGAAGGGACGCGGACGUCGCCUUUUUUAUCCGGGACAACAUCGUGGGACGACUGCCCUGUCUGCCGCAAGGCAUCAACGAUCGCAUGAUGAGCCUCCGCCUGCCUCUCCAGGGAAGCAAAUUCGUCGCCAUCAUCAGCGCCUACGCCCCACUAAUGACCGAUUCUGACGAGGCGAAGACCAAGUUCUAG